CUUUAUUUCGAUAAAGGUUAAUAUCGAUCUAAACUUUAUAUAUACUAUGAUAUCAAGAAAUUUAUAUCCUCUCUUAAAAUACAUAAGAUGGGCUUCAUCUGGACCUCAUCCUACAAAACAUCCACGGCAUCGUAUUCCAAAGUUAAAGGCUGUAUCAGAAGGAAUAUUAUUAGAAAAAAACUCAGAUACUAAGCUUUUUUAUAAUCCUCCUGCAUCACCACCAGAUUAUAGAGUUACACCUUAUAUAUUACUUCCAGACGAUGUUAAAAAAUUAGCUGAAAGGCCUGUUUCUGAUGGAAAAUUGCCCCCACCUUUAUCGCCUAUUAAAAAGAAGAAAUAUCAUUUAACAGAAGAAGAUAUAAAGGAAAUUAAAGCUCUAAGAAGAAGUGGAAUAAGUCGUUCAGAGUUAUCAAAGAGAUACAAUGCAUCUCGUUUAUUUAUUGGAAUGAUUUCUCCAUUAAAUAAAGAAAAGCUACAAGAAAUUGAGAAAAAAGAUCAGGAAAUUAAGAAUAGCUGGAGUGAACAUAAAAAAGAAGUAAAGAUGAAUAGAUAUAAGAGAAAGAUGUUGUGGAAACGGGAGUAUAAUUAGUUGUGAAUUUUUUUGAAAAUCAUGUAUUAUUACAAAAUAUAUUGUU